AUCUUUCCUUAAUUUUAACAGACGCCCGAGGAACGUUGCAAAGUGCAUUUGACAGUUUAUAACAAUCGAAAUUUUCAUGUUUUAAAUUUUCAUUUCAUAAACAAAUCGGUUCUGUUGAGGUCACUUGAAUGACUGGAUUUAGGAUGUGGUUUUUCGGCUGAGAAUUUAAGUCUGAAGAUUGAUAAAUUGUGGUGACGGGUGUUGUUGGAUCGUGAGAAGAUGAAGAGAUCGAUAUUUAAGAGUUCGAUACCCGGACUGGCGGAAUUUCCAGCGCGAUUUGACAAGAUUUCCACCGGGGAUGGGUGGAUUGAGGGCAGGAGGAGACUCGACGGGGCGGAGGGCUUGUGGAGGAUCAAUGAUCGAUUGUAUGAUCUCACGAGUUUUGUUAAUAAACAUCCUGGGGGGGCGGAGUGGCUCAAUAUCACUAGGGGAACCGAUAUCACUGAAUUAUUUGAGACAGGGCCUGCCUGUAAAUGUAUUUUUGCAGAGUCAUCACGUGACAGAUAAAGCUGAAAAAUUACUGCCAAAAUUUUACUCUCGUAAAGCAGCGAAACCAAGAGCAGUGCCCCUGACAUUUGAUAAGAAUGGAUUUUAUAGAAAAUUCAAGGAGAGAGCGAUCAUUGCUCUGGAGAACAUUGAUAUUCAUCGGCCAGCAUUGAAAUCCAAUUUACUGGCUGAUUUCCUGGCUAUUGGAACUCUGCUUUUGUGUAUAAUAACCGCAAUAACGCAAUCACGACUUGCACUCAUUAUCGCUGCGGCAGUCUUAACUUUUACUGUAAUUAUUGGACAUAAUUACCUCCACAUGCGCGAUAAUUUUCGGAUGUACUAUUUCGAUAUUGGUCUGAUGUCAUCACGCGAGUGGCGAAUAACACACGCAAUGAGUCAUCACAUGUAUCCAAACACAAUUUGGGAUUUUGAAGUAUCGAGUACUGAGACAUUUUUUCAAUAUCUUCCAAAUAUUUCGGCGCCUGUAGCACGAAAAUUAUCCUGGAUUUAUUCACCAGUGGUCUAUUCUAUUAUAUUUUACCUGCAGGGACUGGUAAGAUAUGCAAACAUCCUUUUCGUCCGGAAAACCGUGGAAUUCCGCGAUGUUGUUCCAUUCGUCCUUCCAAUAUCGAUGUUUUUAGCCAGUGGAGAUUUAUCACGAGCUUUCAAUCAAUGGAUCCUUAUCAUUGCUAUCGCGAGCUUUAUUUUUUAUGUAAUUGGCUUCAACGCAGCUCAUCAUCAUCCUGAUAUCUUCCACGACGGCGAUAAUCCAAGAAAGGAUCUGGACUGGGGAUUACUGGAGAUGGAUGCGGUGAGGGACCGAGAAGUGGUAGACGACUCCUACAUCCUAACUCUAACCCAAUUCGGUCUUCACAGUCUUCAUCAUCUCCUACCAACAGUAGACCACAGCUAUUUACCCCUGUGUUUACCAGCCCUUGAAGACACCUGUCGUGAAUUCGGCGUUGACUUGGGGAAACUCACCCCCUGGGAACUGAUCAAGGGACAGUUCCGGCAGUUGCGCCGAGUCGAAGUGAAAACAAAUCACAGAUAAGAUAAUUUUUUUUUUUAAAGGGGCAUUAUCUCGAGGUUUUGAGAUAAUCGAGAAAAACAAUCUCAAUCGAUCGAUUAAAUGACUCGGAGGAGGGGAAUUUUCCGUAUCAAGAGGAGAAAUGAUUUUUUACGUUCCUGAAGUUCAAACGUGACUUUCAGAACUUGAAGAGUCUGAUGAGUCUCAUGAGAGUUUAAAUCGGUUUUUGAUGUUUAAUAACAAUUUUGAUUGGCUAUUUGUUUUUUUUUUAUCGAGUUCUCAGGGAUGAGAAAAUUUAAUUGGACUUUACGGUUCGAUAAACGUAUUUUGCGAUGAUAAUAAAAAUGUUAAUGUCUUUGGAAAAAUAAUUUUUUUAGUUUAUUAAAAUAAAAUUUGUCAUUUAACUUAUAAUUAGUGUAAUGACAGUAUAUUUUGGUAAAAAUGCAGCAAGUAAUUGUAGUUAUAAUUGUACGACUUUAGUAUGUGCCACGGGGGACAGUUAAAAAAAUAUCUCAAUUACUUUUUUUUAAUAAUAAUUGUUUUACCGAC